AUGUCUGUCGCAGGACAGAAAAGGACACCAUGGAAACCACCGCAAUGGCUGCUCGACGCUGCAAACAAGGGCUCAGCCGUACCUGUAGACGAAACCUUCCUGACGAAGUUGCAGUACAUGCGUGAACAUCCGGAUCAAGUGGGCAAGGUAGCAAGAGAAGACUUGAUUCAAUCUGGGGAAGACCCAGACGCCUUUGCAGAGAUCAUGGCCGAGGCGAGGAACAGAGUACUACCCAUUCAGCUUGCUCCGCGACCAAAAGAAGUCCAAGUGGCGGUGGCGGUGGCGGUGGAGGAGAUGGGAGGUGCAGUUCAAAGUACGAAGUCCACCAAGGCUGUCGAAAACCGAGUUGAUCGACGACGAAAGAAAGAGACGACGAGAGAGAAUGCAAGAAGAGGACGAACAGGCCGUGCAAGUGGAACUGCAUCACUCAUGGAGAUUGACGACUUCCAACCGAUGGCAGAGUCGUCGGCGGCAGGUGCCAGGCGUGAGGCAAUGACUGCAGCCGCAGCGACUACACGCACAAACUUGGACCCCGUCCCACAACCCUACCCAUACCCAACUCGGCGCACCUGGCCGGCGUGGUACACCUCCAUCUCCUCAUCAGCACAAGGAAUGAUUCAGCUUGACCGAAGACGACCACAAGAGCUCGCCGCUAUUGACGCGCUCAAAGACUGCAUCAGACGAUGUGAACAAGAACAGAAUGAGAUCAAGCUCAACAAAGAGUACAACGAUCUACGGCAUCAUGUUCACAAAGCUGAGAUCAAACUAGAUAUGGAUAGGUUCAAGGUCAAAAAGACGCGGAUUCUGACCGAAGCCGGACUGCCCCGCAUCUUCAAAGAGGGAACCAAUUUUCCACGGGAUCUCCAAGCCGACGCAUGGUACUUGUAUGAGAGGUGGAUGAACGAGGAUUUUGAGCAAAACAUCCUCCGCGGUAUCGUCACUGUCAAAGGCAAGGACAGGAACGGUGACCGCCUCGAUCGGGCCUAUACGACUAAACAUCCCAGAGAUCCAAAGUUCUUCGGCGAUGAGGGGGUCGUUCUUGGUCAAUGGUGGCCCUCACAACUGUGCACCGUUCGUGACGGAGUGCACGGCGCAGCACAAGGAGGGAUCUACGGCGACAAAGACAAGGGCGCAUACAGCAUCGUGCUCUCUGGUGGCGGGUACCAUGAUCAGGAUGACGGUGACACCAUUGAAUAUAGCGGUACUGAUGGAAAAGACUACCAGGCCACAGACGCAACGCUGUCCAUGAUCAAGAGCGCGGAGCUCGGCAACCAUAUCCGCGUCAUUCGUUCCUCACAGCUGCUGAAGUCGAACAGAUACCGUCCAAGCUGCGGGCUUCGUUACGACGGACUGUACCAGGUCAAGUCCUACAAGGAACUUGACAAUAAGAAACGGACCUACAGAUUCCAUCUUGUGCGGAUCCCUGGACAGGAACCGAUUCGAUUUGACGGUGAUGCAAAGCGACCCACGGUGUUCGAGGAGGAGGCGUACGACAAGUGCAAGGGCAAGAUUUGA